AUGGGUCCUGGUGUGGUGAUAAGUAGAAUUUUCUUAUCUAUUCCUUUUGUGGGCCCAACGUUGUAUAUGUACCUUUUGGGGUCUUAUGAUUUUGGUAGCAACAUUAUAAGUCAAGAAUUUGUGAUUCAUGUCGUUUUUGGUUUUGUUAAUAUAUUUUUAAUUUUGUUGCACAUAGUGAGCUUACAUAAGGUGGGUUCUAGGGAUUCUUUUAAAAGAAGUGAUAGAUAUUCUGAUUAUGUUUUUUUUCACAAGUUGUAUACAAAUCCAAAUAUUCUUUCAACCCCAACCAGCAUAAAGCCCGAGUGGUAUUUUCUUCCAUUUUAUGCUAUUCUACGCUCUAUCAAAAGUAAGACAGGCGGGAUUGUGGUUGUUUUGUUGGUUAUUAUUUUGUUUUGGGUGCCAAUUACAGCCUGGUACACCGGUUUUGAAGGGGUUUUUCGUCAGUUGUUUUUUUGGCUAUAUAAUUUUAUAUUUUUGGGCGUGCUAGGUUCUGUUGAGCCAACAAGUUUGUGUCAAACAAUGAGGCUCUUUACCAACAUAUUGUUGUGUUUAUCCUUGUUGUUUAUUAAGGCCAGGGAUUAUUUUUAA